AUGUCCUCUUCUCCACGUCACGGCUCAUCAGCAAGCCAACACAAACACCCCAAAUCAUCAUCGACACACUCCCGAAACGCGUCUCAGACACCCAGGAACAAUGAUGAAAUUUCAGAACUUCCUGGACGGUAUUAUAUACCCAGGAAUGAACUGGAUGAACUAGUCCUCGAGAUGGGUGGUGUCCAUGGCUCCGCCGAUACUGAUAUACAUAGAAUAGGAAAAGUAAAAGAAAAUCUGGACAAGUACCAAAACUCUCUAGAACGACUUGAGGGAUAUCAACGCCUUCAAGCUGCGGGGAAAAGUCCGGAUGAGUACAAAGAGACUCAAGAGCGACUUGAGAGAUAUCAAAUCCUGAGAGAUAUAAAGGCAAUAGCGAAAAGAAUCCACUAUAUGAAACAUCUAGAAAGUGCAAUAGUAUCUUUUGCCAAUGAUAUGAUAGUCAACGAGGAGUUAGAAAACAAGGACUUUCGGAAAUUGGAAACCCGUGUCAGUCGGCUUAAAGAAACUAUGAAUGAUGCAUCCAAAGUCCUUGAAGCAGCUAAAAGUCAGAUGAAUGAUGACACUUUCAACAAGAAGACGUUAGGCAUAUCGGAUGGGGACAAAGAAGAAGAAAUGAAAGCAGUAUGCAAAGAGGGUAAAGAAAAAAUCGAAGCAACAAGGAAGCUCAUGAAGGAGCACGAUGAUAAAAUAAAAUCCGCACAAAAGACCGUGUAG